AUGGAUUUGCAGUCUCCUUCUGUCCUGGCGCAAUUGCCUCGCCCUCUUCACGCCUCUACCGGCAAGACAUGGAUCGGCGAUGUCUUCAGUCUCGCCGAUGCGAAAAAACGGAAGCGCUAUGAAGUCGCAGUUGCUGUGGAUGGUGAGGCUGUGAACAUCUACAACGUUCAAACACCAAAGCUCGUGACCUCCUACGCCGUCCCGCCACAAUCUACUUUUUCCUGCCGCCCAUGCUCAGUCCGCAGGAAGCUAUCAAAGAAAUCAACGGUCCGGAGACAGACUUAUACUGCUGUCACUAAGCCUGAACAUCAAAUUAAAUGCUUUGUGGAGGAGAUUGGCAGCAACAGCUCAAGCGCCCCAGUCAUUUCUUCCUCAGCUACCACCGUGACCGACUCGAUUAGCCCAACGACUUUUGUCGGCAUUGUUCCUUCUAGCACUGAUGUUGAUGGAGAGGCGGAUCCAUUCGAUAUCCUUGCAGUUCACGAAGACGGUCGUGUGCGCAGGCUGUCGUCAGAUCUGAAGACCCAGCGAUGGAGCAUUCAGCACAGCGAGAUCGCCAAGGUCUGCUCCACUCACAAUGUUCAAUCCAGCUUUUUGGUGGAAUUUGAUGAUGCGAAGAAGGCUUUGUUCAAAAGACGGCAGGACUUGGCUUCGCUGGCAUUGGGCGACCUGACCACUUCUGGAGUCAACGAGCCAUCCAUCUUGCUUCUGGUAUCACAGCCGAAGAAUGCUGGCCGAGUUUUACUCAAAGACAUCAUUGUUCAAAUGUUCUCGGUCCCCGCGCAUGCGAAGUCGGAGUCUCGCUUGGACGAAAGUCAGCGUCUGCACCAUCUGCAAACGUUCCAUAUCCCGGAUGUUAGCGGCCUGGAAACCACCAAUAGCAAUAAUAUGCAGUGGAGCUUCCAUUCUGGCUCAGCAGGGCUGAAUCUUUCUUUCGAGAAGGGUUUCAUCAAUGUUGAUCUUUCUCAGUACUCCCCCUCCGUUACAUCGCAGUUCGUCCUCGACGAUGAGGAAUUCUCAUCGGUCAUGCGCAUUUCUCCACAAACCGUUAUUGGAGCACAACAGUCUCUUGUGGCGGUCUACGAUACCCAGUACAAUUCCGUGCAGCGCAGCAUUCCAGCCGGUGAUCUCCUGUCCAGUACCGGAUCGGCCCUAGAGACCCCGACAAUUUUCAUCAGCUACUUCGCCAAGCUUGGCAUUGCUGUCGCAACCAAGGGAAAUACUCUUAUUGCGUUUGACUUGAGCUCUCUCCCCAGUGCGCCCAGCUCCUCGCUAAAGCGGACAAGAGAUAGUUUGCUCAUCGAUGCCAUCGGCAGGGGCAUUGGCUCAUCGGGCGCACAGUGGGAUAUUUCGUCGAAGAAGCACCGAUCUGACAACAUGGCCUCCCUUCGACUUUCGUCACCUGAGCAGGUUGAGAAAUGGACUGAUCUUACGAAAGCGAUUGAGAAGGCGACCAAAGCAAAGAACGUUGACUUGUUCGAUAAUGCAGUUUUGACAUACUUCAGCACCUCUGAUGCCUCGACAAUACUCCCAACCCGUGGACAAUACGUCAAUCCUGAAGCAAUUCUCUUCUUGCUAUCAAAGAUCUUUGCCGUGGAGGCGUCCACCACGACUGACACAGUGUCGGCGUCUCCUUCAUUCAAACUGCGCGUUGCAAUGUGGCCCCCGACAACUUGCGACUGGCUCAUCCGCUUGGGACAUCUGUCCCUCGACAAUGUUGAGAUUGCGCUCCGCCGCGCGUCUAAGCCACGUAUUCUGCAGUCAUUCCCUACCGGGUCAUUCAUUCAGGCUCUCCUCGAUUCAGACCCAUCCCUGAAGCAGGUCAACCAAGUGCUUGAGGGUCCCACAUUGAUCUCUUCCGACGAAUUGGCUUACGCGCUGAAGGCAUUUUUGAACCAGGCGCGGUCUCACUCUGGUACCCUUGAAGAGACAGCGCGAGCAAUCACAAGCGGUGUUCUUGCCACUCCUACGCAAGAGCUUGCAAAGCAACUGGGUGCUGAGACGGCGACUCUGAAGGAUAUCUUUGCCGGCUUGAACACUUCCCUCCGAAAAAUACACUCGCAGCCUGCUUCAGUAGUGGUUCAUUCCCUCCGCUCCAAUCUCUCGCGGACGGAACUCAUCUCUAUGGUCCACCACCUCCGCCUUUCCCUGGCCACCGGAGGUUACACCUCUCGCUUCACCGAAAACCCCCCUACACCUAUCACCCUCGACCAAAUCACACCCUCCCUUUCUCUCAAUGUCAUCGUUGACCUCAUCACUGCCUCUGUGGAUGCCGUGGGCCCCUCCGGCUGGAUCUCGGCCAUCCCGGCAUCGGGCGACUUCGAAGAUUCCGACUCAGUCGCCGCUGCUAACCGUGAAAUGGAAUUGAUCGCAGACAUGAAAUCCGAGGUUUCUGCCGCUCUCGCCGGAGUGGAAGAGGCCACUCAUCUCAAGGGUGUCUUGCGUGAAUAUCUUCGUUUCGCAGACCAAGUUGCCACCUCCGCAACAAGCUCCGAGGAUGCCCUGGCCAAGAUUGAUGCCGAAGCUUCCGCCCCGUCUCACCUCGUCCGUUACGAGAAGCUCAAUGGUGCCGACUUGCUGGUGUUCACCCGGCCCGGUGAAGGAGAGGAUGGCUACGAUGGCGAUGCCGGUGGCAAGAUGCUGCCGCUGUCCCUCAAGGCUGCUUCUACUGAUGUCUCCCGCACCAAGACCAAAAAGUCCACCGGUGAGGUCAAGAACCGCACCAGUCGUGAGAUUGGAUACUUGCGCCGCAAGGCUGUCGGCAAGUACUCCUUUGAGAGACUCAUUGUCUGA